AUGCCAUCUGUAGGUACACUUGCUUUCGAUGAAUUUGGUCGUCCGAUACUCAUACUUAAAGGACAAGAAUCAAAAAAACGUUUAUUCGGAAUCGAGGCUCACAAGUCUCAUAUAUUGGCAGGCAAAGCAGUGGCUGAUACACUUAAAACAUCAUUAGGUCCACGAGGAAUGGAUAAAUGUAUGGUAUCACCUGAUGGUGAUAUAACAAUAACGAAUGAUGGUGCAACAAUACUUAGUAUGAUGCAUGUUGAAAAUGAAAUUGGAAAGCUACUUGUUCAAUUAUCAAAAUCACAAGAUGAUGAAAUUGGUGAUGGUACAACCGGUGUUGUUGUUUUGGCUGGUGCUUUACUUGAACAAGCUGAAGCAUUACUUGAUAAAGGUAUUCAUCCAAUACGUAUAGCAGAUGGAUAUGAAUUAGCAGCAAAAAUUGCACUUGAUCAUUUGGAUAAAAUAGCUGAAUCUUAUCCACUUGAUUUAAAAAAACUUGAUCCAUUAAUUAAUACAGCUAUGACAACACUUGGUUCAAAAAUUAUCAAUCGAUGUCAACGUCAAAUGGCUGAAAUAGCUGUUAGUGCUAUUAUGAAUGUUGCAGAUAUGGAACGACGUGAUGUCAAUUUUGAACUUAUCAAAGUUCAAGGCAAAGUUGGUGGUCGUCUUGAAGAUACAAUUUUAGUUAAAGGAGUUGUUGUUGAUAAAACAUUUUCACAUCCACAAAUGCCUAAAGAAGUUCGUAAUGCUAAACUAGCAAUUUUAACAUGUCCAUUUGAACCACCAAAACCAAAAACAAAACAUAAAUUAGAUAUAACAAAUGUUGAAGAUUAUAAAAAAUUACGUGAAUAUGAAAAAGAAAAAUUUACUGAAAUGAUUAAAUCAAUUAAAGAUUCUGGUGCAAAUUUAGUUAUUUGUCAAUGGGGUUUUGAUGAUGAAGCUAAUCAUUUACUUUUAUCUCAUGAAUUACCAGCUGUACGUUGGGUUGGUGGACCAGAAAUUGAAUUAAUUGCUAUUGCAACAGGUGGUCGAAUUGUACCAAGAUUUCAAGAACUUACAGCAGAAAAAUUAGGUCAUGCUGGACAUAUAUAUGAACUUAAUUUUGGUACAACAAGUGAUCAUAUGUUAUGUAUUGAAGAAUGUGCAAAAUCCAAUACAUGUACUAUUUUUGUUCGUGGCGGCAAUAAAAUGGUUGUUGAAGAAGCAAAACGUGCUUUACAUGAUGCAUUAUGUGUCGUAAGAAAUCUUGUACGUGACAAUCGAAUUGUUUAUGGUGGUGGUGCAUGUGAAAUAUCAUGUGCUAUUGAAGUUGCAAAAGAAGCAAAUCAGAUACCUACAAUUGAACAGUAUGCUAUUCGAGCAUUUGCUGAUGCACUUGAAUCAGUACCAUUAGCAUUAGCUGAAAAUAGUGGUUUUUCACCAAUAAAAAUAGUAUCUGAUGUUAAAUCACAACAAAUAGCUCAAAAUAACCCACGGUUAGGUAUUGAUUGUCUUAAUCAAGGAACGAAUGAUAUGAAAAGUCAAUCAGUUAUUGAAACACUUAUUGGUAAAAAACAACAGAUAAGUUUAGCAACUCAACUUGUCCGAAUGAUUCUUAAAAUUGAUGAUAUUCGUUUACCAGGUUUUACUGUUAAACAAGUUCAACGUUUAUAUAGUCGUUUUAAAACAUUAGAUAAACGUGAUUGUGGAUAUUUAACACGUGAAAAUCUUUUAUGUAUACCAGAAGUUAAUAUUAAUCCAUUAGGUGAACGUUUAAUUGAUGUUAUUAUGGAAGAUUAUGGUGAAAAUCAUAAAAUUAAUUUUAAACAAUUUAUUUUUCUUCUUGCAAAAUUUCGACAAGCAAAAUAUAAAUCAUCUAUAACAGAAUAUAAUACACGAGAAAGUAAACUUCGAUUUUUAUUUGAUAUGUAUGAUCGAAAUCAUGAUAUGAAAAUAGAUCGAAAUGAAUUACUUGAUGUUCUUAAAAUGAUGGUUGGUGGUAAUAUACAUGAUGAUCAAAUAGCAACAAUAGCUGAUCAUACAAUUGGUGAAUUGGAUAAAGAUGGUGAUAGAUCAAUCACAUUUGAAGAAUUUUGUAAAACACUUGAACGUAUUGAUGCUGAUGAUAAAAUGAGCUUGAAAUUCUUAAGUUAA